AUGAGCAGUCCAGGAGCCGGGUUUGAAUAUCCUCCUACCGAGGUAUCGUGGACAAAGCGCGAUGUCUUGCUGUUUGCCAACACUAUAGGCUGUACUUCCGACGAGCUUCACUUUCUCUACGAGCUCGAUUCCAAUUUCUCGGUGUUCCCGACCUACCCGGUCAUCCUCCCUUUCAAGAAGAACCAGCAGGAAGUCAUUGACUUCUAUGCCUCGGAGAAAGCAGUCAAAAUCCCUGGCGUGCCCGACUUCGAUGCGCGACGAGUUGUUGACGGCCAGCGACUUGUCCAAUUCCUCAAGCCCCUCCCUACGACGUCGGCUGGCAGAAAGUUCGAGCUCCGGACUAAAGUCCUUGGUGUAUACGAUAAGGGCCGACCAGGCUCGGUCGUCGAGAUUCAGCAAGACCUAGUAGACGUCGCGACAGGUGAAGUCUACACGCGCGCCAUCGGCAGCUCGUUCUACGUGGCGCAGGGCAACUGGGGUGGUCCGAAGGGUCCCGCAACUGAGAACUUCCCUCCGCCAAAGGACAAGAAGCCGGAUGUCGAGUUCGAGAACCAGACCAAUGCGCAGACACCCCUGCUGUAUCGGUUGAACGGCGACUACAACCCGCUCCAUGCGCACCCGGAGCCGGGCAAGAAGAUGGGAUUUGGCGGUGUCAUCAUCCACGGCUUAUACUCGUUUAACUCGGUCUGUCACGGUCUGCUGCAGAAAUUGGGUGGCAGCGACCCGGCCAAUAUUAAGGAGUUCCAGGCCCGAUUCGCGAGUCCUGUGCGCCCUGGAGAUAAGAUAGUCACAUCCGUAUGGAGAACUGGCCAGGUGAAGGAGGGGUGGGAAGAGGUUAGAUUUGUGGUUAAAGUUGCGGGCGGGAAGGUCUGUUUGAGUAACGGGAGGGCGUUGAUGAAGGUUCGAAAUACUAUUACGAUGGCUACAACUCCAAAGGUCGGCGACCGAUUGUCUUACGACGGCGCUAUUUGUACAGUUCGAUAUGUCGGCGAAGUCAGUGGUACGUCCGGUAGUUGGCUUGGCGUCGAAUGGGACGACCCAACCCGCGGGAAACAUGACGGUUCUCAUAAGGGAGUGAGAUAUUUCACUUGCGGCCGCUCUAAAUCAGCAACGGCCGCGUCUUUCGUACGGCCAACGCGGCCCAUAGAGAAGCCGCAGAGCUUCGUGAGGGCAGUGACUGAGAAGUACGCCUCCGAGCUGGAGAAGACGACUGCGAUUAUGUUUUCGAACAAGAUAGCAGAGGAAGUUGGGUUCGAAAAGAUCCAACGCAAGCAGGCGCAGUUAUCCGAACUAAGAGCCGUCAUCGUCGAUGGUGCACGUAUCGCAACGGCUUAUUUAGAGGGCGACGGCCCCAUUAGUGAGACAUUUCCCAAGAUAACCGAGUUGGACCUCAGCCGGAACCUAUUUCAGAACGUGGGGACCGUCGUGACCAUCUGUUCCGAGUUACCUGCUCUACGAAGUUUGCGUUUGAAUGGAAAUCGUUUUCAAGACGUAUUUAAUGAUAAAGUUCUUGAUAAUGCAGAGAGUUCCUUGCGGAACAUCAAGGACUUGGCUUUGGAUGACACUCUCAUGAGCUGGGAGGAGAUAUGCCAUAUUGCAACCAAGUUUAAGAUACUCUCAUCCCUCUCAUCCAGUGCGAACCAAUUAUUCUCUCUGCCGGAGACUCAGUUAUCGACACUAUCUUCUACUUUGACUUCUGUGGAUUUGGAGUUCAAUAAUUUCACCACCAUCGCUGAUGUCGCCAGCCUGACCGGAUUAACGUCACUUCGUAAUCUUCACCUCAAAGGAAACUUCAUCACUAGCAUCACCCAGGAUCCAUCCGAUAAUCUACCAGUGUUUUCGGAAACUCUGAAGUAUCUAGAUGUCUCAUACAACGAAGUAUCAUCGUGGGCGUUCGUCGACGCCUUACCAACAUGUUUCCCAGGCUUGAUAUCCCUCCGCUUCUCGCAUAAUCCUAUAUACGACAACCCAGAUCCCGAAUUUUCUACCCAGUCCAAGGCAAUCACGGAAGAAGCGUACAUGUUCACAGUUGGCCGGCUAGCGAAUCUCAAGAUACUAAACUUCGGUACGAUAUCGAACACCGACCGCCAGGACGCGGAGAUGUUCUACUUGGGCCGCAUCGGCAAGCAUCUAGCCACUGUCCCGGAGAACAAGGAAACUGAAAUCAUCAAGCAGCACAGACGCUACGCCGAACUAUGUGAGCUAUAUGGCCCACCAGUCGUUAACAGGCAAAAAGAGAUCAAUCCCGCUUUUCUAGAAGCCAGACUAGUUACGGUACACUUCACCUUCCACCCUAAAGCUAAAGGAGGCGAGAUAGUAGAACGGACAACUAGGAUCCCAAAGAGCUUUGAUAUAUACGCCGUGAAGGGGAUUGCUGGCAAGCUGUUUGGGGAGAAUCCGCUUGGCGUACGCUUGAUUUGGGAGACCGGGGAAUGGGAUCCGGUUGCAGGAUUCGACGACGAAGUUGAAGAUAGCAGUGAUGAAGAGGAGGAACAGGAGAAAGGAGAAGUGGGAGAAGCUGUAGAUACAGGGGAGGGCUCCCAAACGGACACAAAGACCGGUAAGUGGGUCAAGCGAGAGGCAGAGCUGCAAGACGGGCCCCGGCAGCUUGGGUUUUGUGUCGACGGCUUGGAUGUAAAAAUCAGAGUUGAGGCCCGAUGA